GGCAUCAACACCAGCCACUGUUCGCUUAUUUCACCGACCCCGCUCCCUCCGAAGGGUCCCAUUCGCUGGUUGUAGAUGAUUCGGGGAAAGGCAGCAGCCACUCGCAGAGAAAGAUCAACAUGUCCCGCCGCAAGCAAGCCAAGCCGCAGCACCUCAAGUCAGACGAAGAAGCGCUACAGACCGGACCGCUCCGUAAAAAUGGCCUCGUGGAAGGCAUGGAGAGAGAGGAGACUAGUGGAGUUGAGGGUCACCACAGCAGUGAGGAAACACACAUUUGUGACAAAUGCUGUGCUGAGUUCUUCACUUGGACUGAACUGAGUGAACAUCAGAAAGUCUGUACUGAGGAUCCCUUGGUGCUGAUAGUGAAGGACAAUGAGGGGAUGCAUGUUCCCGAGGAAUCUCCUAUCGGACCCUCUCCGGUCCCUAGUAUGGCAUCCAGUGACUCGUCUGCAGUAGAAUCAACGGACGCUGGCUUUGAGCUGGGAGAGACGCUGGUGAAUGACAAUGACAGCCUGGAUAAUUUAGAGGAAGGGAGAGAGCGGGAAGAAGCCAUGGAGCUUGAGCAUCGCCCGCAGGACAAAUACACCACAACCUCCAGCCCUCAGCCUCCAGAUUCAGCUGAGUCCACGUCCACCCAGAUGUCAGCUGCUGGCAGCUACAGCAGGCCGAGUACAAAUGUGACGCUGGAGAUCCUUCACAGCACCAGGGUGGCUGUUGCCCAGUUUUCCCAGGGGAUCAACAGCAGUGGCACUGGAGGGAAGGCAGCUUCAGCAGCCAUCCCAGUGAUCCUGGAGCACCUGCUUGCUCUGCAGCAACAACAGGUCCACCAGCUUCAGCUUAUUGAGCAGAUCUGCAGCCAGGUAGCCAUCAUGAACAGACAACCAACCCAGGCAGCGUUAAACCCAAUGUCUAGAACCUUGUCUCUAGCACCUAACCCUUUCCCAUCCCAAGGCAUCAUCCCUCCUCCCAUCCUGCCAUUGUCAGGAACGAUGCCCUCAACCAUCAAUGGACAGGCUGCUGUUUCUUUGUCUUCUGUGCUUGAAAAAUCACAAAGUCUCCCCUCACAAACUGUAUGUGGGCAUUCCACCUUUAGAGACGUUAUAUGUACCUCAGCCUCCUCAGAAAAUUCAGCCCCAUCUCUCUCUAGCUCCAGCAGCAGCAGCAGCAGCAGCAUCUCCACAUUACUGCCUCCUUAUACAGGCUCACACACGUCCAGCAUUAGCUGUACUCAGACACUGAGCUCCUCCAGCCCACUCUCCCUGGGGCAGAGCAGUCUCCUCAGCUCAUCCUCCAGCCUGCCAUUUCUACCUCAGAGCCCCCCAAGCAGUGUCAUUUUUCCCAAUCCCUUGGCUAGCAUUGCCGCCACAGCUAAUGCACUUGACCCCCUUGCAGCCCUGAUGAAGCACAGGAAAGGAAAACUGCCUAGCGUGUCCUUGUUCGAAACGAAGCCCAGCCCAGAGGAGCCCUUCUUCAAACAUAAAUGCAGGUUCUGUGCCAAAGUGUUUGGCAGCGACAGCGCUCUGCAGAUCCACCUGCGCUCACAUACAGGAGAGCGGCCCUUCAAAUGCAACAUCUGUGGCAACCGCUUUUCCACGAAAGGGAACUUAAAGGUACACUUCCAGAGGCAUAAAGAGAAGUAUCCUCAUGUUCAGAUGAACCCUUACCCUGUGCCAGAAUAUCUAGACAAUGUGCCAACAAGUUCUGGGAUUCCCUAUGGAAUGUCCAUCCCCCCAGAAAAACCUGUCUCCUCAUGGCUGGAUAGCAAACCUGUUGUAGCAACUCUGCCAGGCUCUAUGGGUCUUCAGCUUUCCUCCACUGUUACCAGUAUCGGAGGCUCAAAUGACCCUGUAAGUGUAACACCAUCCGUUAAAUCUCCCUACCAGUCAGCUCCUGGUGAAUGUGCAUCUUUGUCACCUAACCACAGAGGCGGUGAGGCUCAUUUCUCUCCUGUUUCAGAGUCUCCACAAUCUAACCGUGAGACAGAAGCAUCUAAUAUACUGAAAACAGAGGGGGUACACCUGCCCCAAAACUGCACCCUCAGAAUGAGAACCAACCCAGUUACAGAGGCAACCAGCACCACGAUCCCAUCUGUGGCCACCACACCCGAACCCGUCACUUCAGCGUCACCUGUCUCCAACUCUCCGCCUCUCUCAUUAAACUCAGAAGAAACUAAAUUCUCAACAGGUGGCCUCAUGGACUCUAUGCAAACAUCUGAAACCUCAAAGCUUCAGCAGCUGGUGGAGAAUAUUGACAAAAAGAUAACAGACCCCAACGAGUGCGUCCUCUGUCACCGUGUCCUUAGCUGUCAGAGUGCGCUGAAGAUGCACUACCGCAUUCACACCGGCGAGAGGCCCUUUAAAUGUAAGGUUUGCGGCAGGGCUUUCACCACCAAAGGCAACCUGAAGACUCACAUUGGCGUUCACAGAGAAAAUCCUCCAGUUCAAGUGCAACACUCAUGUCCCAUUUGCCAGAAGAAGUUCACCAACGCUGUUGUUCUUCAGCAGCAUAUUCGUAUGCACAUGGUCGGGCAGAUUCCAGACUCAACCCUGGUGGACGGGCUGCAGGAGAUGGACGGUGACAUCUCUAUCAAUGAGAAGAACUUUGACAGUCUCAGCAGCAAUGGCAAUGACCUCAACGAUGAUAUUUCCAUGGAGGAUGAUAAUGAAGAGGAGGAGGAGGUAGAAAAUAUGGAGGAAGGUGUGAGUCUGUUUAAACCACUGAGCUUUGUUUGCAAUUCACCUCCUAAGUCCUCUGCGAUUGUUUCAAGUAUAGCAGCUCUGGAGAACCAAAUGAGGAUGAUAAACUCUACAGUAAACCUAAACCACUCCUUAGGUAUAAAAUCUCUGACAAAUGGUUUAAAUGACAGCAGCCAACUCAAUAUUAAAAGCUCUUUAUCGGAGAAAAGGGUGGAGAAUUUUAGUGCAAACAGCCCAAAUGUGUCUGAAUCCUCUUGUUCACCUCGUGUAUCAGUGUCUCCUAUUCAAAGCAACUCAGAAAGCAUGACGAUCAAAUCACCUGCAGUGAACAACAGGCCAGAAUCCCAAGAGUCUUUGGCAGCCUCAGUGAAGAGAGAACAACCUGAGUCUCCUACCUCUGCAUCAGCAGCUGCAGCGGCCCAAGAGCUGAGAGGAAUACAGCCCGGCAAACUAUGUGUGAAAGAAGAGACUCCUCAUAGUACGUCAUUCCAACUGAGCAGAGAAAGAGGUCAAAGCAUUCCCAGCAUGGUUACCAGCACAUCAUCGGGCAUGAUAAAAACUGAGGUGAACGGUCACAGUCAACCAAACAACCCGACCGAAGGGCAGCACCCACCUUUUAGCAUCCACAUCCCUGCAGCUUACCCAUCAGUCGCCAGCCCGGGAAUGACCUCCCUGCUCGGCCCUGCGCCUCCCCGCCGAACACCGAAGCAGCACAACUGCAACGUCUGCGGAAAGAACUUCUCGUCAGCCAGCGCCCUUCAGAUCCACGAGCGCACACACACUGGCGAAAAACCGUUUGUCUGCUCCAUCUGCGGCAGAGCUUUCACAACUAAAGGCAAUCUGAAGGUUCAUAUGGGAACUCACAUGUGGAACAACGCACCGGCCAGGAGAGGCCGGCGCCUGUCGGUGGAGAACCCCAUGGCCCUGCUGGGUGGAGAGGCCGUGAAGUUUGGAGAGAUGUUUCAGAAGGACCUGGCAGCUCGAGCAAUGAAUGUAGACCCUGGAUUUUGGAACCGGUACGCGACAGCUAUCACCAACAGCCUGGCCAUGAAGAACAAUGAGAUCUCAGUGAUUCAGAAUAGAGGCAUCUCUCAGCUUCACCCUAUGACUGCAGGCAUGGACAGAGUGAGCACCGCAGGAAGUCCAAUAACGAGUCUAACCAAGACUGGCAUGGACCUGGGAAAUAAUAGGCAUUUUUCUAUGCUGAUUGAUGACAGUAAAGAAAUUGGAAUCAAUUGAAUAAAGCUAAAUGAUGAUGAAAUACUUAUGCAAACUA